UCCACAGGAGUGGGGAGCGUCGUUUGUUGGUCGUAUAUAGAUUUGUUGGGCUGAUGCUCCUCAGUACACGGCCCAUCCGGUGGCCAGUGGGCGCUGCACAGUGUGCCGGUCGGCUGUGGCGCGGCGCUCACCUCACCCUCUGCUCGCAGCCGCCGCCGACGGACGCCGCCCGCCGCCGCCGGCAGCUGAGGGAGGCGUUCGCCGAGCAGGAGCGGCUGCUGCUGACUCAGCUUCGCAUCGAGGAGCUCUCGGAAGCCGAGCGGACCGCGCACGAGGCCCACCAGCGCGCCGUCGAGGCCGGACAUUUCACCUACGACGACCCGGAGACGGGCCUGCGCGUGCUGACGCGGCUGCGGCACUUUCUGCGUGGCCAGUGCUGCGGCAACGCGUGUCGCCACUGCGUGUACGGCCACGAGGCUGUGCCGGAGUCGGUGCGAGCCCGGCGCCGCUUCAACUCUGCCUUCUGGGUGGACGCCCCGCCGCCGUCGGACGAACGCGAUCGGGCACUGCCCUCGGACGAUCCAGAGGACGUGGACUUCGUGUAGUGAAUUCAGUGGCACC